AUGCCAACCCCCAACUCCUCCACUUCUUCAGCCAAAGGCUUCCGCAGGGCGGUGUCAGAGCUGGACUCCAAGCAAGCCGAGGCCAUCAUGUCUCCACGGUUCAUUGGUAGACGGCAGAGCCUCAUCGAAGAUGCCAGGAAGGAGAGAGAAGCUGCUGCAGCAGCAGCAGCCGCCACUGAUGCUGCAGAGUCCACAGAAACAAUUGUCUUUGAGGAGAAGGAUGGGAAGGCCAUGUUGAACCUUUUCUUCAUGCUUAAGGGAGCGAAGACUUCAUCGCUAUCCCAUGCACUUAAAGUGUUUGAGACAUUCGAAGCUAAAAUUCACCACCUGGAGACAAGGCCCAGCAGGAAACCUCGGGCAGGGACCACUGAGCUGGAAUAUUUUGUACGGUGUGAAGUCCAUAGCUCCGAUGUCAGCACUCUCAUGAGCUCCAUCAGAAGGGUGUCAGAAGAUGUGAGGAGCACUAAGGAAGACAAGUUUUACUGGUUUCCAAGAAAAAUCUCUGAACUGGACAAGUGUCACCACUUGGUCACCAAGUUUGACCCAGACUUGGAUUUGGAUCAUCCGGGAUUCUCUGACCAAGCAUACCGGCAGCGAAGGAAAAUGAUAGCAGAAAUUGCCUUCCACUAUAAGCACGGGGAGCCAAUCCCUAGAGUGGAGUACAGGGCAGAUGAGAUAGCUACAUGGAGGGAGGUUUACACCACACUGAAGAGUCUGUACCCGACUCAUGCCUGCAAAGAGCACCUGGAGGCCUUUCACCUGCUAGAGAGAUUCUGCGGCUACAGCGAGAACAACAUUCCUCAACUGGAGGAUGUCUCCUGCUUCCUGAAAGAGAGAACUGGGUUCCAGCUCCGACCUGUGGCUGGCCUGCUGUCUGCACGUGACUUCCUAUCCAGCUUGGCCUUCAGGGUAUUCCAGUGCACGCAGUACAUCCGCCAUGCAUCCUCACCCAUGCAUUCCCCAGAGCCGGACUGUUGUCACGAACUUCUGGGGCACGUACCAAUGCUGGCCGACAGGACGUUCGCACAGUUCUCCCAGGAUAUUGGACUGGCAUCGUUGGGAGCCACUGAGGAAGAGAUUGAGAAACUUGCAACGCUUUAUUGGUUUACAGUGGAGUUUGGGCUCUGCAAACAGAAUGGAAUAAUCAAAGCUUAUGGAGCUGGGCUCCUAUCCUCCUAUGGGGAGCUAAUACACUCCUUGUCGGACGAGCCGGAGGUCCGGAACUUUGACCCAGAUGCUGCCGCUGUUCAGCCCUACCAGGAUCAGAACUACCAGCCAGUGUAUUUUGUAUCCGAAAGCUUCAAUGAUGCCAAAGACAAACUCAGAAGCUAUGCUGCACGCAUCAAGCGACCCUUCUCGGUGAAAUACGAUCCGUACACCCACAGCAUUGAGCUUCUGGACAACUCGCAGAAGAUCCACCACUCUCUGGAGAAUGUGAGGGACGAGCUUCACUCCUUAAUUGAUGCGCUGAAUGUUAUCAGUUAA